AUGCUGGAUCAUACCCCUCCACACACUCAAUCCCUCACCCCUUUUCCCCCGCGCCCUCCCAAAAGGGAGAGAUCUCUCGUCCCUGUCCACGCCCCCGUGCAGUCCAGGCCAGGCUCCCUUCUGCGCAUUCGGGCCUGGGCGGCCCAGGCGCCCCUAGCUCAGCAGCGCCUGGUGGCAGCUCAUUCAGGGCUGGUGCGCUCCAUUGCGCGCCGCUUCUUUGGCCAUGGAGUCUCCCUCUCCGACCUCUAUCAUGCGGGAGUGACGGCCCUGCUUCGAGCGGCUGCUACUUACAACCCCACUCUCUCCUCCAGUGCCACCAAACCCGCCCAGUCGAGGGCCCAAGCCAAGGAUAAGGCGGAGAACGAGGAGAAGGAGGAUAAGGAGGGCAAGGCGAAGACAUGGCAGGAGGACGAGUAUGGCAUGCGGAAGGGACGCCUCUGGGCCCUGCCUGGGCUGAGGAGGCGAGCCACUGUGGAGAGUGGACAGGGAGAGGCAACCCUUCAGCAGGAGGUGUGGCGUCGGUCGCCUGUCUUCUCCUUCCCACGCUACGCCUACUUUCAAUACGCCGAGAUCUCUGCUGCCUAUGCUUCAUUCCGCAAGCAGCACACACGGGAGCCCACCCUUGAAGACCUCUCAGCUGCCACCAGCCUCUCCCCCCAACGGAUUGUGACUGUAUCGAGGGCUAUGAGGCGAGUGAAAAACCCUCUCUCCUUCGACGUUUCCUCCCUGCCCAACCGCACCCAUGCUGAGACAUUCUCCAACGACAAAGCGGACCCCUGGCAGCAUCUACUAGACUCAGAGCACUUGGUCCUCCUCUCGCAUGCUCUUUCCUCCCUCGACCCCCACCGCCGCCUCGUAAAUUGCUGCAGCACUGGGGAUGACACUCAAAAUGGUGUCUUAUUUGGAGGUAUCAGCAUUGCGGCAAUUGAGGAAGGCAUUUUCGAGAUCGAAAUAAGACCGCCCGCGAAAUGGGUGAUCUCCGAAAAGGAUGCGUUCGUGGACUUACUUAUAGUGGAGCUGUGGGGGCCUUCUAUCGCGUAUGCGGAGGUGAAGAAAGAGGGAAGCGACAACACGCGGUGGAGGGUCUCUUAUCGAGUCUGGGAUGUGGGAAAAUACAUCGCUACAGUCAUAUCCGGUUGUAGCAAUCUCAACUACACUGCAAAAUUCGCCCAGCAAGGCACUGAGGCGUUCGCAAACUGGACUCUAACCGAAAUUAGCAACUGGGAAGGCACAGGCAGCAGAGCUGGGGCGGGGGAGCAGAAGGGGAAUACAGCAGGGGGAGGGGCAGCAACGAGCAUUGGUGCGGCAGGGACAGGGGGGCAGGUAGCAGAGCAGGCAGGGGCGCGGGAAGAGGGAGGGAGGGCGGAGGCAGAGGGGCAGGGGGAGGAGGAAGCGGAGGAGGAGGCGGAGGGGGAGGCGGAGGGGGGGGCGGAGGGGGAGGCGGAGUGGCGGAGAGAGGCGGAAUUGGAGCUGUAUGAGGGGCCGUGCCGCCAGUCUGUGGCUGGCAGGUGGCUCAGCGAGGGCCACAAGUACAGGUGGCGUUUCUACCCAUGUGCGUCCCCGCUCCCCCCACCAUCGCAGUGGGUUGAGGCUCUGCAGGCGCGGGGCAUUCGGGAGAUCAGCUUUGUGGGCGACUCACACCAGCGCUUCCUCAUGCUCUUUAUAAACUACCUCGUUAUGCACGACGUCGACGACGCGCUCUGGAAGUUCCACGGGGAUAUUGUUAUCAACAUCCCGCCGCCCAAGGAGAGGACGGACUUAAAGCCGCUGAAAAUGAAUUUCUUCUGGGUGGAUGGGACCUACCAGAAUGGGGAGUAUGGAUGCGACUGCCGUGGCUUCUGGUCACACCGCAACGAUUCGUUCCCUGAAUUCUCCGAUUCUGCAGACGUGACAAUCAUAGACGGUGGCUUCUGGGCUGAGAUUGAGCGGUAUGGGAUUGGGUAUCUGGAUGGGUGGCCGGUUGAAGCUCCGAGGUAUUUUGACACGUGUACUGAAACGGAUCCGCACUACACGUGUCAUAAACCAAAACAAGGCACCAAGAAUGGCAUGUUCUUUGGGGAUGUUGGGCAGGCUAUGGUGGAACACACCAUCUACACUCUUCUGUAUCGACUGCAAUAA